AUGCCGGAAGGGCAGCCAGUCAGCAUGACCGAUCAUCUGCAAGCUGGAGAUCCCCCCAUAGACGAUGAGCCGACCGCUGCAAAACCACCUUCGGUCGCAACACCUACUGCUGACUCCAAUGAAAAGCCGAAACAGUCACACCCAUUGCAAGAUGACGAUGCAUCCUUGGCCCCAGAACCAAAGCGCCGACGGACAGACCCCCCUAUCGGUGCCGACGCUGCAUGCGAUACAACGGCAUCGACACCGUUUGAGGGCCAUCAUCUCGGUCCAAGCGAAACAUACUUCCCUGCGAAGAGCGGCGUAACGAACGCAACAGGGCAGAAUACUGAGCCUGGGCCAUUCAAGGAGGAACUUCGAGAAGCGCGUAUAUCGGCUGCCCACGCAGGAUCGCCGGAAAGCGUAGCGCAUGCUAUAUCUCAUCUCCUUGACCAAUCAAGGAGAAAGGAUGCUAGCAAGCAAGCCGCUUCCGCUGAUUCCAAUGCAGCUUUGCUUAAAGCAAACUCGAAUUUAAAGGCGCAGAGCCUACCCAUACUGGAUAACUUGUCUACCCAGAUCCUUAGCUUCAUUGCCCGCACAAGCUUCCAAGACCUGACGGCGCUCGUCUCUGAACCGCAGUCUGAAAAUGCUCAAUCCUACUCUACCCUACGCUCUCUAUUCGACCACACCAAGAAAGUCUAUACCACAAAUAAGCCCUUUCUGUCCGCAUCAGAGCUAGGGCUUACAGAGGCAAGCCAGGUCGAAGUGAUCCGAAAAGCAAACCUAGCUUCUUUUGUCUUCAGUCUGUUCGGAACUCAAGAGAUCGGUUUUGCUGAGCUUCAUGACAAUUUUUUGGAUAUAUUUGUCCCCGAAGGAGGCCGGUUACUGAAAAGCCAAGCUGCCUUGUUCCUUGAUUUGAAAACUCAAACUUUCAUUGCUUCGAUGAACAAUCCAGCUCGACCAAAAGUUGAAAUACUCUAUGAGUUAUUCCCAGAUAAUCUUGGUCUCAGUCUACUGGCACGAAGGCCGGGCACUAGACACCCAGCUCCAAGUGAAACUGAUUUCGUCAAACGAGCCAGCUCGCGACGAGACAUCCUACUGGGAGAAAUCAAUAACCCAGACUCAAUUCACACCUUGCCAGAAAAAUACCUUUGGCAAGACUUUUUGAGGGAUAUAAGCGUUUAUGUUAGUAAAAAUAUUGAUUCCCUCACUACUCAGACUAAACGGCUAAACAAAACACGAUCACCAACUUCGCCCCAGGAAGAAGAGGCUGAGUCUCCAGCUACUGCUUUGGAAACUCAGUUCUCGGUAGCUCCACCAGCACCCCCAGAGCCUGCUCCUGUAGAACGAAGAAUCGGAAGGGUUGAUCUUGCUGCCCGAGCUGCCCGUGCUGCGCAGAUUGCACUCCAAGGCCAGGGCGUAAGGAGGGCCAGUGCUGUAACUACUCCUCCACUUCAACAGCCACAGCACCAGCAGCAACAGCAGCAACAACAACAAACCUAUCAACCGGCACAACCACACACACAAUCAGCUGUCUCUCAUGCCUCACCACCACCACCCUCAGUCCAGCAGCAUACCCCCCAAUCCACAUCUACAUCACCACCACCACCGGCCCCGCCACAAAGCCAGCCUAACGUCCAGUCAUCGUAUACUAAUUAUGCCUCCGUGCCUGCUACUGCUUCACCACAGCCACCCCAUCUUCCUUUCCUCCAGGGCCAAUUCCAGUUCCAACAAUAUAACCCCCAGACGCCACCCGAACCUUCUCCCGGGAGAAAUACUCCUGCGUCCGCAACCUAUGGAUACAUGCCAGGAGUACCGCACUUUUCACAGUCAGAGCCUACUCAGAUACUGUAUGAGCGCGCUAGGCUUGCAACUACAACGCGGUCAUCACCAAGCAGCCGUCGUGCAGGGCUACCCAGUCAGCGGCGACCAUGGACCACUGAAGAGGAGAAUGCGUUGAUGGCUGGGCUAGAUCGUGUCAAGGGACCUCAUUGGAGCCAGAUAUUAUCCAUGUUCGGGCCGGGAGGUACUAUCAGCGAGGCCCUGAAGGACCGUAACCAAGUCCAACUCAAGGACAAGGCACGGAAUCUCAAGCUCUUCUUCCUGAAGAGCGGAAUUGAAGUCCCUUAUUAUCUCAAGUUUGUCACUGGAGAGCUCAAAACAAGAGCACCGGCGCAGGCAGCAAAGCAGGAGGCCCGAGAACGAGAGCGCCAGCAAGGAGAAGAAGACAAAGCCCAUGUCGAAGGAAUAGAAGGGAUGAUGGCCCUUGCCGGAGCCCAUACCUCAGCCUCCGUAGAGCCUUCUGUCGGGAGCAUAGAUUCCCAUCCUAACACGCAGCCAGGCACGCCGUCAGUCCUCGCCCAGCAACCGGAGCCUCACAACAACCAUAAUCAUCACCAUCACCAAGAUGACCAGGACCAGCAUGCAGCUGAACGAUCAGCCGAACAGGUUCUAUAUCAAAGUCUUACUCAAGAGAAGGCAGAGGGACUACAGAUGGAUUCCCAGCGGAAUUACGUGGACCCUUCGCUGUAA